AUGUUACACCGAUAUUCUAAUGAAGUGGCUGCCCUUUUUAUCUUUCUACUAUCGUUAUUUACUCUUAUUGCCACGCCGUUUGUAGUGCCAUUGUGGUGGCGGGAGCGCUCCUGGCUCGAUAUUAUCCUUUUUAUAUUAAGUUUCCUCUUUUUUAGUCGUUUGACUGCCCGGGGUGCUCGCUGUCGAUGGCCGGCUCGCGUUGACUUUCGGGGCCGCGUGGCGCUGGUUACGGGGGCGAGCUCGGGCAUCGGCUUUGAGGUCGCCGCGCAGCUCGCCGCGCAUGGAUGGACGGUGAUUUUAGCUGGCCGUCAUCUGGAAAGACUGCUCUACGCGAGAGGGCGUAUUGAUGCCCAACUCGCACGACAACAAGCCGCUGCCGCCGCGGCAGGGUCCAACCAAGCCGCCUUCGGUGGCAGGGCCUUCGUGUUGGAUCCAGUCGAGCUCUCGGACAAGGUGUCUGUGCGCCGGUUUGCCUCCACGGUUCUCUCAGUGCAGGAACGAUACCCUCUUGCGCUGCUCGUGAACGCCGCGGGGGUGUUGCGUCGGCAUCUCCGUUACUCCUCGAGCAAAGACUGGUGGGAUGUGGAGGAGAUGCUUGCGGCGAACGCGAUCGGCCCUAUGAUGCUCACCGAGCUGCUGCUCCCCGCGCUCGUUCAGACGGCGGAGCGGUCGGGGCUUCCUUCGCGGGUCGUGAAUGUGGCCUCGAGCUGCCAUACUUUUUUAGGCUUUGGAAGGACGACGUUACGGGGCGACCCCAUUAGUAUGAUUUGCAAUCUCAGGAAGAACGCGGAGCUGUUGAAGCCUCCAGGCAUCUCUGCGGGGCGACGCACGCGCGAGUGUUCUGGGUCGUCUAGCAAGGACGAUGCUCGAUACGCGAUGAGGGACUUUUCGCUCCUUAAUUUUGUCGGUUACUAUGGGCUGUCCAAGCUGUGUGUGAUAUGGAACACGAGACUUUUGGCGGAAAAGGUUUCAAAGCUUACUUUGGGAACCUCGCUGGAUGUGAAUGAAGCGAGACCCUCAAAGAAUCAAGACGAAAAUGAGGUUUUGCAUGCAUCGGACAAAUUGGAGGGAGCACCACGUCGGCAGCAAUACCCUAAAGUAUUUGUGGCCUGUGUGCAUCCGGGUAUUGCUGCAACGCACCUCUAUCGGGACUUAUUACCUACAUGGGUUCUCGAUUAUGUUCUUUAUCUGCCUUCCCUUAUAAUAGGGAAAACUAUGGAUGAGGCGGCGCAGUCGACGCUUAAAGCUGCGGUUGAGGUAGAACAUAUGGUGCAAGGCGGUUAUUACAUGUGUGAUGGGGAGUACGGCCCCAACAGCGGUGUCAAUUGCCUUUCGAAACACGCCACGAACACUGAUGAGAUGGAGGCCUACGGGCGGUUUCUGCGUGGUUUCAUCCCCUAUGAUGAGCAAAUUGAGUAA